UACCACUAGAGUGUGUGUAAGAGAGCGAUGGCAGAGGUGGAAGAUCGAAUUGUGAUCUCAAAGAGAAAGGGAGAUGGAGAGGAUGGCGGCCAAGAGAAAAGGCUGAGAGUGGAAACUCAAGCCGCGCUAGCCAUCGUUGAAAAGCAAAACAUUGCGCGUUCCUCGACGCUUCUCGCACCGACAAUGCUCCUCACCGGGCACCAAGCGGCGGUCUACACCCUGAAGUUCGACCCCACGGGACUGCAACUCGCCAGUGCUGGCGCGGACAGGGCGAUCUUCUUGUGGGAUACCAGAGGAGAGUGUGCAAAUUACAACGUGCUCAGAGGGCAUAAGAAUGCAAUUCUCGACCUGCACUGGUCACCGAACUCUCCCACCAUCAUCACGGCCUCAGCGGACAAGACGCUUGGAUACUGGGAUGCAAAUGCUGGCAAGCGCAAGAAAACGUUCAAGGGGCACUCGGGAGUAGUUAACAGCUGUUCCAUUUCUCGUACGGGGAAUCUCAUGGCGUCUGCCUCCGACGACGGCUUCGUCAAGCUCUGGGACCCGAGGGUGAGGCGAUCGGUGGCGGAGUUCAUGAACCAGUACCAGGUAACGGCGGUGUGCUUGUCGAGGGACGACCAGCAGGUCAUGAGCGGAGGCAUCGACAACGAGAUCAAGGUUUUCGAUGUACGAAAACUGGACAUCGCCUACACCAUGACCGGACACACCGACACGGUUACCGGUCUCGCGCUUAGCCCGGAUGGGAAUCAUCUUUUGUCCAACUCCAUGGACAACAGCGUCAUCAUGUGGGACGUCCGGCCAUUUGCCAACCAGAACCGCCUAGAGAAGACAUUUCACGGCAUCAAGCACGGGGGGGAAAAGAACCUGCUCAAGUGCGCAUGGUCACCGGACGGGGAGAUGGUUUCGGCUGGGUCUUCAGACCAGGCGGUGCAUAUCUGGGAUGAGCCAUCGACACAGGAGCUCUACUUCUUGCCGGGCCACACGGGUUCGGUGAAUGAGAUGACCUUCCACCCAACGGAGAGCAUCAUUGGCUCCUGCGGCUCGGACAAGAAUAUUUAUCUCGGUGAAAUCGGAGCUUGAUGCAAGCAUGUUCUCGGCUUUGGGAGAUAAAACUUGGUAGAAAUUCUGUAGCGAUGAUGGGGUCAGGGACUGUUUGCGCCAACGGGAUGUGGUGUCAGUGGUAGAGACACAUUCCGUGUUUCUGUCGAAAUUUAAGCCAUUUGUAGUUAAUCUGUACAAUUGUAUGGAUGUGAGGACGAGAACGUUUUAAAGGUUCUCAUAUUCCGAUUUUGACACGUUGGGCUCAUUAGCCUAUCCGUAGUUUGGCUGCAGAAUCGAAGAACAGAGUGCAAGCGUCGGACUCUCCCGCUCUACAGCACCAAGCUUGCUCAAAACACGUUUGCCAAACAAAUGCUGACGGGUCCACGCACUCGGUCGACAUUGCG